AUGAUGGCUUCACUCCAUCCACUAUUUUUUAAAAAAUUGUUCCUUUCUAUCGUUUCUUUUCUUCGCUAUCCUUUUUUUUUUGCUUUCUUUUCCUUUACAAUAAUCGUUUUCUUUUCCUUCUCCACAUAUUAUUUUCUCUCUCUCUCUCUCUCUCUCUCUUUCCUUUUCAUUAAUCCCCUGGUUCUCUCUUUCUCCUCCUUUCAUUUCCUUCUCUUAUUCUCCCUCUUUUGCUUUCGUUCUCUUUCUCUUUUCCUCAUGGCUAACACCUUUCCACUUAUCUUCCCCGUCGUCAGUCUAUCUUUCCCUCGUCGUCUUCACCUCCCCAUUCCUGCUCUCUCUUCUCCUUUCUUUCUCUUCUCUCUUCUUUCUCACUCACUCUCUCUCUCUCUCACUCUUGUGAUGGAAUUUCAAAAUAAUACUUUCGUCAUUGGCCAAUGUCAUCAGCCGUUAUCAGUAAUAAAAACAUCACAUCUCUCUCUCUCUAUAUAUAUAUAUCUAUCUCGGUCUGUUCAUUAUCUAUCUAUCUAUCUAUCUAUCUAUCUAUCUAUCUAUCUAUCUAUCUAUCUAUCUAUCUCAGCCACAUCAUAUAUCUCUCUCCCUCUCUCUCUAUCUAUCUCGUUCUGUUCAUAUCUAUCUCUCUGCCUAUCUAUCUAUCUAUCUAUCUAUCUAUCUAUCUAUCUAUCUAUCUAUCUAUCUAUCUAUCUAGCUUGGUCUAGUCAUAUCUAUCUAUCUAUCUAUCUAUCUAUCUAUCUAUCUAUCUAUCUAUCUAUCUAUCUAUCUAUCUAUCUUGGUCUAGUCAUAUCUAUCUAUCUAUCUAUCUAUCUAUCUAUCUAUCUAUCUAUCUAUCUAUCUAAAGUAGUGUGUAUGUGUCUUUGUACAAUGUCUAAAAAUCUAUCUAUCUAUCUAUCUAUCUAUCUAUCUAUCUAUCUAUCUAUCUAUCUAUCUAAUAAAUGCGUCUGUCGAGUUAAUGGCAAUAUGAAAGACAAAGGAGAACAGAUCUUAUUGACAGACCCCGAAGUGACAGGCCAGCUCCUGCUCUAA